AAAUGCUGCUGUACAAGUCGCUUUGAGAUUGCAAUUUGCUCCGAAUCCAAACAAAAGCGCUUGUGCGUUUAAACCGUUUUUUGAAUUUAAUAAUAAUUUCUACUUUCACAGCCUCUCUCUGUCUCUCUUUCUUUGCGUUUCUUCUCAGAUUCUCGAUUCGGUUUCAGCUCUCUGAUUGUAGAUUGGUUCAAAUCGAGGAACCUUCUUAAAAAGACUGAAAGAGAAGGUAAUUUGGUUCAGGUUCAGUUUUCAUCAUGUCAAAUGGAUUUUGCUUGACAGCGUCUGGAAUUUAACAGGAUACUUAAAUUCUGAGGUUCCCAGCUCAAGAUGGAAACUGACUUGUCUUGAAACACACUUACUGAGGAUACAAAUUUAUUAAUCAGAAGAGGAUAUGGGAAAGCAUCGUUGGAGAAAUUCCAUAAAGUCCUUCUUUGGGAGUCAUAUCGAUCCAGAAAAAGAUGAACAGCUGAAAGGAACUAAAAUAGAAAUUGAAGACAAAGUUAAAAAGAUCUUGAAACUUAUCCAAAGUGAGGAUCAUGAAGAAAAAGAUGGGAUAAAAGAACCACUUGUUGAGCUAAUUGAAGAUUUCCAUGGAAAAUACCAAUCGCUUUAUGCACAAUAUGAUAAUCUUAGAGGAGAGCUGAGGAACAAAAUACACGGGAAAAAAGAAAAGGAGGCUGAUUCGUCGUCAAGCUCAGACACGGACUCAGAUUGUUCUUCAAAAGGCAAAUACAACAAAAAUGGAGAACUUGAAAGUAAAUUCCAGAAAACAACAGACAGCAUAAAGCAAGAACUUGAAGCAGCAAAUUUAGAACUUUCUGAUCUGAAGAUGAAGUUGCUGACUAUCAGUGAAGAAAAGAAAGCUUUAGAUUUGGAAAAUCAAACUGCUUUGAGCAAGAUACAAGAAGCAGAAGAAGUCAUCAGAAAUUUGAAGCUUGAAACUGAAAGCUUCAGCAAAGAAAAGUUGAAACUUUCAGUUGAGAAUGGAGAAUUGUAUGAAAAACUGGAGACUGCUGGGAAGAUAGAAGGUGUGCGGAAUCUAGAAAUUUCUGACAUGAAGAGGCAGUUGACUGCUACCAUUGAAGAAAAAGAAGCUUUAAAUUCAGAAUAUCAAACUGCUUUGAGCAAGAUACAGGAAGAGGAGGAAAUUGUUAGAAAUUUGCAGUUAGAAGUUGAAAGCUUAAACUCUGAAAAGUUGAAACUUUCAGCUGAUAAUGCAGAGAUGAAUCAGAAGCUAGAAACUGCAGAUAAGAGAGAAGCUGAGCUACAUAAAAGAUUGGAAGAUAUUUCUAGAGAUAAACAUAACUUGAUCAUGGAGAAAGAGGCUACUUUUGCAAGGAUUGAAGAGGGAGUGAAGAUCACUGAAGACUUGAGAGCUGUGGCUGAUCGGCUGAAUGAUGAAAAACAAAUUCUCGGAAACGAGGUAGAAACUCUUAGAGGGACAACUUCUAAUUUGAAGCAGCAACUGGAAUCUGCAGAACAGGAAGUCUCAGAUUUACGUCAGUCACUGAAAUCUACCGAGGAAGAGAAUAAAUCUUUAACCUUGAAAGUCUCAGAGAUUUCUAACGAGAUCCAGCGAGCACAGAAUGUAAUAGAAAAUCUCAUGGCAGAAUCAAGUCAGUUCAAGGAGAAAGUUGUUGAGAAAGAGAGGGAACUAUCAAGUCUUGCAGAGAUGCACGAGGUCCAUGGAAAUAAAUCAUCAGCUCGAAUAAAGGAGUUAGAGGCUCAAGUAAUAGGCAUGGAACUAGAGCUAGAAGCAUUGCGAUCUCAGAAUAGAGAUAUGGAAGUGCAGAUUGAGAGCAAAACAACAGAAGUGAAACAAUUAGGAGAUGAAAAUGCACGACUGCAAGCCCAAAUAUUGGAGUUAGAGACUGUGUCAAAAGAGAAAGAAGAUGAACUCUCUUCUCUGAAGCAGAAACUUGAUGCCAUUGAGAGUGAAUCAAUGUCUAGAAUAGAGAAUUUGACAGCAGAGAUCAACAAUUUGCUAGUUGACAUGGGUUCUUUACGCUCUAAGAAAGCCGAGUUGGAAGAACAGAUAGUUUUCAAAAGUGAAGAAACAUCAACUCAGGCCAAACAAAUUUCAGAAUACAUGACUCAGGUGGAGAAUCUGAAAGAGGAGAUAGUGAGCAAAACUGAGGUUGAACGAAGAAUUCUGGAAGAGAAGGAAAGUUUGAUGGCCCAAAUGGAGCGCCUGGAAUUGGAGGUGACUUCUCUAAGCAAUCAGAUAACUGACAUGGAAGAGCUUCAAGAGCAGAUGAGGAUCAAAAUUGAAGAGAGUGAUCGUUUGAGAGAGGAGAAGGCUGCACUACAGGAAAAAAUAUUUGAAUUGGAGAGAGCAUCGGGAGAGAGAGAUGUUGAGUUAUCUGCUCUUCAGGAGAAACAUACAAAUGUAGAAAAUGAAGCUUCUGAACAAAUAACAGCCUUAGCAGCACAGGUUAACAAUCUACAACAGAACUUAGAUUCCUUGCAGGCCCAGAAGACUGAAUUGGAAUCACAGCUUGAGAGAGAGAAACAAGAAUCUUCAGAAAGCCUUAUCCAACUGGAAAAUCAGAAGAAUGAGUUGCUGAAUCAGAUUACAGAUCAACAGAAGCAGCUCAAAGAACAAGAAGUUUCAUUCCAGGAAUGCACGGCAAAUCUUGAAGUUGCAGAAAGGAAAAUCAAGGAAAUGACAGAAGAACUCAGUAGGCUUGUUGAGUCUAAUGAUCAGAGGGUGGCUGAUUUGGAAGAAACAGUCGAAGACCUGAAAAGAGAUCUAGAAGUAAAAGGAGAUGAACUGAGUACGUUGGUCGAAAACGUCCGCCAAAUCGAAGUCAAGCUUCGCCUAUCAAACCAGAAGCUUCGAGUCACAGAACAAUUACUUUCUGAGAAGGAAGAGAGCUUCAGAAAAGCAGAAGCAAAGUUCCUGGAAGAACAGAGAAUGCUGGAAGAAAGAAUUGCUACAUUGUCUGAAACUAUGGCUGCCAACAAGGAGGCCCAUCACAUGAUGAUCACAGAUAUCUCAGAAAAGGUAAAAAAUACUUUGACUGAGCUAGAAACUGUUAUACACAGGUUCGAAGAGGCCCACAAAAGCUACGAGCAUUCUAUAGAGGAAAAAUCACAGGAGAUUCGGAUUGCAAAGAGUUGGGUCGUGGAGACGAAUAAAGAAAGGGUGCAACUGAAGCUAGAAGUAAGCAGACUAGCCGGGCAACUGCAAAAUAAGACAGAACAAGAAUUGACAUUGAGGGACCAGGUUGAGAGGCUAGAAGUUAAGGCAAGUGAGGAAGAAGCAGAGAAGCUGAACCUGAUAAAAGCCAUGAAACAACUCGAGAAAAAAGUGGACGUUUUAGAGAUGACGAUAAAGAAGAAGGACAACGACAUCUUGGGUCUGGCUGAGGAGAAGAGAGAGGCAAUAAGGCAACUGUGCUUGUGCAUCGAAUAUCAUCAGAGCCGAUGUGAUUAUCUCAUGGAAGUACUCUCAAAGAUGACUGUUAGAGACCGGAGAGCAAGAUAGAAGUCAUAGAUAUCUGUAAUUCUUGUAAGCUUAAUUAUUCAUUGUGGUUUUUUCUACCGUGAGCAAUAUUUUUUCGAAAGAGGAACGGUCCAUAAAAACAUAGGUUUUCCUCUGUGCGUGAGAUGAUGAUUAAACGUUGUUAGUGGUUGGGCUGGGCUUGUUUCAUUCAAUUUGGUUGCAAAUUUUCCUUUGUUUGCCUA